AUGCUAAGCCUGCACCCCACAGUGGCCUGCCUUGGUACCCCAUUGACGGCCUCCUGCACCCUUGACCCCAGCUGCCUGCAGAUCGGCCAUGCCCGCCCGGGCGAUAUUGUCUGGAGACUGAACGGAGACACAAGGCAGCUGCCACUGAACCAGAGCAUCGUGGGAAACGGCACAGUCACCGUGGUCACCGUUUUCCUGGCAGAGCAGCCCCGUGGGGAGCUGAGCUGUUACCUGUCUCACCGGAGCAGUAUGCACCUGCUGGGUCUGGCCGAGUACCAGGCUGGAGUCCCGCCAGCAGAGCUGCAGGUGGAACAUUGCGUCAGCUUCUGGGGGGGGAACAUCACCUGCUACUGGGACCCUGGGCCGGAGACCUACUUUCCAACCACAUAUACCCUCCACGUCACUGAAGAAGCAGGGCGCUGCCUGUGGAAGUUCAGAGAUGCCGGGAUGUGCGUCUCUAGCCGGGAGAGCCGUUCCUGCACCAUCCCUGUGGAGAACCUCUUUGCCUUUUUCCAAGUGAGGCUAACGGCCGUGAAUCUGCUGGGCCGGGCCAGCGCUGCAGACAAGUGCGUGCAUGGAAUGAGCAUUGUGAAGCUGAGCCCACCCGAGGUCAGCACCACGGCGGACAGGAGCGACUGCUUCCAUGUGGCGUGGCGGCAGCCCAAUGAGGAGCUUCUGCGUGUGACGGACGCGCGGUAUGAGAUCCGGUACCGCGACGUGGACGAGGUGUCCUGGACGCAGGUGGAUGUCACAGCUGCAGAGGACACGCCUGCGUCAAAGGACGUCUGUGGCGUCUCGCCGUUCACCAGCUACUCCAUCCAGGUGCGAGCGCUGUACCAGAGCGAUGCCUUCCCUUGGAGCGACGGGGGCCCCUCCUGGAGCGCCUGGAGCUACGAGAGAUUUCCCUUGCAGCCAAAGGAAGCCAACGGCAGGAUCCUGACCUACAGUCUCCGCUGGCAGCGAAGGGGGCAGCCGGCUGUCCUGGCAUGCCUCACCCGCUCCCUGCAGUGUGCUCUGGAGCUGCUGGCCUCCGAGGAACACACCUUCUUCGUCACCGCCAGCAAUUCCGUGGGCGAGUCCCCUGCUAGCAAGCUGUCGAUCCCGGCGGUGCAGGCCCAAGCAGUGCUGCUGCCACUGCCAGUCCGGGUCUCUCCGGUGAGCGACCGCAGCCUUCUCCUGCAGUGGGAUCCCCCAGGCUUCGCUGCAGCAGCCUAUGUCUUCGAGUGGGGCCAGGCAUCUGAGAACUGGGGGCAGAACAGCAGCUGGCACUAUGAGCUGGGGAACAUCAGCAGGGUGGUCCUGGCAGAGGCAAUUGAGCCGGGGUAUCUCUACAGCCUGACAAUCUUUGCCCUGAGCGAUGGAGCCGUCCAGGCUGCAGGCUCUACAAGUGCUUACUCCAAGCAGAUCGCUCCAUUCCGUGCCCCAGCUCUGCAUCCCACCCGUGUCUGGCCAUCCCAGGUGGAGGUGCAGUGGGAGGAGGUCCCAUUGGAGGAGCAAGGUGGCUUCAUCCGGAACUACACCAUCACCUAUGAGGAGCAGGGAAAAGACACCCAGGCCGUGGUGGUGAACGGCUCCGUCCGUCGCUAUCUCAUCGCGGGUCUGGCUCCUGACUCCGUGGUGAGGGUGGGCAUCUCUGUCAGCAACGACGGGGGAAGCACUCAGGGCUCUGUCCUCUCCAUCAGAACCAGAAGCCUUGAUGACGGGAAGGUUGAACUGUUGCUGUCCUCCCUGUGUGUGGGGCUAGUCGUCCUGCUCAUCACAGCCACUCUGGUCUGCGUCCUAAAGCAUCCCCUAAUACAGGGCUGCCUGUGGCCGCAAGUCCCUGACCCUGCGAAAAGCCACCUGGCCAGCUGGCUGCCACAGAAAAUGUGGCUGGACUUGGGGAACUUCUCAGUGGAGCAGAGCAAGAAGCAGAGAGCGGGGUAUCCCGACUUCCCAUUCUGGGGGGUCUCAGGAAUCAUCUGUGGCCAGCAGGAGGAGGAGAUGAUGCGCAAGUCCUUCCUGGAAAGCACCUGGGCAGCAGAGAUCUCUAGUGCUAGAGAUAAAUACAGGCAGCCUCUCCAGACCAUCCUCCAGGGAGACGUGACCACCCCAGACCAUUCCCAGGCAAGAUGCCAAAGCACGGUGGAAUAUUCCACAGUGAUUGUCUGGGCAUAUCUUGGUGAUGCCCCACCAAGCUCCACUGCUCCCUGGCCCCAACCUACCCCUCAGAGCCCAGAGAGCUCUGGUCCCAGCCGUGAGCCUGGCUGGAGGAUCUGCUUCCAAAACCCAUCCUGUGAACUCCUGGAUGGGUCAUGCUGGCGAUGCAGCCAACAGCUGGAUGGAGGGCCUGCUUCCUUGGGGGCAUUUCCGCUCCUGAGGACCCUGGUGAUGGAGGGAUCUGGAGACCUCCAGCCUAAUGGAGAUCACCCUGCGGGCACGCUCAGCCCAAUGAUGCCCUAUCGGCCUCUGGAGAGAGACCUCCGCUCCUGGGGCAUGCGUCCGAAUGAGGGAGGGCAAUAA